GGUGACUGCUCUCUCAGAUUUACUUUGCCCAAAGAAUUGGCCGUUUGAACCCACCGCCUAAUUCCCAGUCCAGCCAUUCUCAAUCGCGCCUAGUCACCUUGGAAAAAAAAAAAAAAAAGAUGGCAGCAUCCACCGCGGAGCUCCAUGACGACUCUGCCCACUACAACCGACUCGCCGAACUGAAAUCCUUCGACGAAACCAAAGACGGCGUCAAAGGUCUAGUCGACGCCGGAAUCACCCACCUCCCUCGCAUCUUCCACAUCCCACCUCACCUCCUCGACACCAGACCAUCGGCUCCAAAAAACUUCACCUUCCCAAUCAUCAACCUCCAAGGCGUAACAGCCAAUCAAGUUCAAGACCCAGAAACCCGAAACCAGAUCGUCGACCAAAUCAGGGACGCAUCUGCAAAUUGGGGGUUCUUCAAAGUGGUCAACCACGGGAUUCCCCAAACUGUAUUGGACGAGAUGAACGCUGGAGUUCGCAGGUUUCACGAGCUGGAUGUGGAGAAGAAGAAGCAAUUCUUCGAGCGCGAGGACCAAACCAAGAAGAUCGUUUACAAUAGCAACUUCGAUCUCUAUACUUCUCCGUUUGCAAAUUGGAGGGACACCAUCUUCUACAAUAUGGCACCAGACCCUCCCCAGCCCCAAAACCUGCCCGCUUGCUGCAGGGAGGUCCUGAUUGAUUACUCCAGGGAAGUGCUGAAAUUGGGGGAUCUGAUUCUGGAAUUGCUGUCUGAGGCGCUGGGCUUGAGUCGAAAUCAUUUGAAAGAAAUGGAUUGUUCGAAUGGGUUGUAUGUACUGUGCCAUUACUACCCGGCUUGUCCGCAACCUGAAUUGACCCUGGGUGCGAGCAAGCAUCAAGACAAUGACUUUAUCACUGUGCUUCUGCAAGAUGAGAUUGGUGGGCUUCAAGUUCUUCAUCAAGAUUGUUGGGUCGAUGUGCCUCCUCUGCCAGGGAGCCUAGUGGUUAACAUUGGUGACCUGCUUCAGCUGAUAUCGAAUGACAAGUUUGUAAGCAUGGAGCAUCGUGUGGUAUCGAAGAAGGUCGGGCCGAGAGUAUCUGUGGCCAGCUUUUUCACUCAUGGGUUCUCACCGAACCCUCGAAUGUAUAAACCCAUGAAAGAGUUGCUAUCAGAAGAUAAUCCUCCGAGAUAUAGGGAAGUAUCGGCUGAAGAGUACACUGCUCAUGUUUUCAAAAAUGGCAACGAAACCUCUGCUUUGCUUAAUUUUAGGCUCUGAGAAUUGGGCCAAUGAGCAAAAACUAAUCCAGGAACUGAUUGAUUAGUAAUGAGCUUUACUUGAGAUAGCAAGCCAAGAACCACAGUGGUGGGUUGCUUUGUGAGUAUACCUUUUUCAUUAGAGGUUGUUCAAUUACAAUAUGAACUGUCGGGACCUCGGAGAUGGUAGUAUACUGCUGUUGGCGUGGUUGUCAGAUUGCGUUUUAGCUAUGGAAAUAGGGUGUGUUAACAUAAAGUACAAAUAUUAGUUGGUAAUCAGAUGAUUGGCAUUGUAAAGGCCAGAAUUUCCGGGGAUUUUUUUCAAAAAUAGCACCUUAAUUUUUUUUUACAAAAAUAGCACUCAGUCCAUAGAAAUUACAAAAAUAACACUCUUUUAUAAAAACCGCACCUUAGAGGUGUGGUUUGAUUGUGAACCGCACCCCCAGGUGCGUUUUGUAUGUAAACCGCACCCUGGGGGCGCGAUUUGACAUUGUUGGCCAAAACCGCAUCUUUGCAAUGCGGUUUGUGUGUCUGACCUAACCAAACAGCAUGGCCUAGAUGCGCUCUUGUGUUGACCUAGCAAAACCGCACUUUGGGGGUGCAGUUUUGCUUCUCCAAAACAAACCGCAUCCUCAAAGAGCGGUUUUGGCAACACAAACCGCAUCCCCCAAUGCGGUUUGUGUGCCAAUUAUUUCCCGACACAAAACAUAUAGCCAUGCAGAUUGACAGACGUGGGGCUACAUGGCAGAUGAAAACCGCACCUUGACGAUUUUGCCUAUAAAAGACAGCUCGGGAAACCUCUUCUCUUUACACAUCUCCUUCUCCCUUUUCAAAUUUCUGUUGUAGCUCCCUUACGUCUCUAGUGUUUUUGCGGUUAACGUUAACUCGUAAGUUUAUUUUGUAUUACUUUUUAUUGUGAAUUGUGAUUUUUAUGAUAUUAGUUGAACUACUGUUUUUUUGCAGAUGACAUUCCAAAAGUUCACGCUUGGGUUACGGUAGAAUGGUUACACGGAAGAGAGCGGAAAGGGGUUCACCUACGUCGGUGGCCAUUUUCAGAAAAUAAAGGUCGCUACCAGAC